CAUCGAUUGCAGAAAGUGUUUGAUCGUCCAAUAUGAAACAGUACCUGGUGCUUGCCCUCGUCUUCGCGGCCGUUUUGGCCAUGAUCAGCGCCCAUCCUCUGGAGGAACAAAAGAUAACGCUGGAAGAUGCUGAAGCACAGCCGGGAAUCGAUGAUGGCACUGGAGUUAGGGCCGCUCGUCACUUUGGCGGCUUUCGCCGCGGAGGAUACUGCUGUGGAGGAGGCGGUGGCUACCGUCCUGGUGGAUUCGGUGGCUACCGUCCUGGUGGAUUCGGUGGAUUUGGCGGAGGCAGUGCAUCUGCAUCGGCGUCAGCUUCAGCCAGUUCCAGUUGGGGACGUAAAUAAAAAUAAUUAAUCACUGUAAAUGAGGCAAAAAUAGACAAACGUCAAGAAACGAAAACAAAAA